AUGAAUCCUCUUGUUGAAGGGAUCCACCGGUUCCUACAGAAUCAUAUAUUAUCUACGAAAAUCUCUCAAUCCAACAUCUCACACCAUGAUACCCUCAUCGAUGGUCUUCCAAAGCGCUACACCAUCUAUAAACCUCUAUUACUGCUACCAGUCAAUGUCUUUACCUCCCCACAGCCUUGGGCAGAGCUGUAUUCCUCCUUAGACAACUCUCAGCGCCAACUCUUAUAUGAGUCAAUCGCAGCAUCGUUCAGCAAAUCGGGCGUCACACAUGUCGCUCUCAAUGCCCCUAUUGCAGUCAUGAAUUCUGUGGGCACUGAAAACAGAAUGAGAAGUCCGGUUGGUCUGGUCCCUUUACACGGCGAUUUCGGACCGAUUUUGGAUCCUGACAGCACGCCGGACGAUCGAGACUUCAAAGAAGCGCUCUGGGUGCAGACUGUCCAGAAUGGCGGGAUAGUACAAUGCUGGGCGCCUCUCUACACGAUGUUCUCGCGCGGGAAUAUUACAGAGAAGGCCAGGAUAUUAGGGCAGGGAAAUCGAUUUGCGGGAUUAGACGAGUCUUCGCUGAACGGGCAGGACGUGGGUGAAAUUAGCGUUGUUGAUUUGUAUGCGGGUAUUGGGUAUUUUGUCUUUUCCUAUCUGAAACGAGGAGUCAAGAGGGUUUGGGGAUGGGAGCUGAAUGCAUGGUCUGUGGAGGGGUUACGGAGAGGAUGUUUGCAGAAUGGCUGGCGAUGCAAGGUCGUUCCUCUUAAUGCGCAAGGCGAGUUGAAGGGCGGCUAUGAAGACAUGGUGAAUGAAAUCACGGAUGAUGAUAGAAUCAUUAUAUUCCACGGUGACAACAGGCUUGCAGCCCAGAUUCUUGGGAAUAUACAGCCCCUGCUGGAAGAAAAGGGCUCCUGGGCAGCGAUUCGACAUGUGAAUCAAGGGUUACUGCCAACUUCGCAGCCUACUUGGGAGACUUCACUGAGGAUUCUGGACAGAGAUGCUGGUGGCUGGGCUCAUGUGCAUGAGAACGUGGAUGUCAAUGAGAUUGAUAUGAAAAGCGCUGAGAUUGUUCAGGAGUAUGAGAGAUUUGGGUACAUGAAAGCGGUGAAUAUGACGAUUGCAUGUGACUAUGUCGAAAGAGUCAAGACUUAUGCCCCUGGUGUCAUGCACUGUGUAUAUGAUAUCCAUGUUGAGUUUGAUAAGCAGACAUGGCCAUACAAAUAA